AUGACAUAUGAAGCCUUGUUACCUUCGUUGCUUGCCAGAGGUCUUGUUCAGACCCUACCACCUCCUCGUGUGCAGAACCCUUUACCCCCAUGGUUCCGUGCUGAUAGAAAUUGUGCCUUUCAUCAAGGGGCACCGGGACAUGACAUUGAACACUGUUACCCCCUUAAAGAAGCAGUUCAAAAGUUGAUUCAUAACAAAGAUUUAUCCUUUACUGACCCUAACCUUGUUACUCCAAACAAUCUUCUGCCACCCCAUGGGCCUACUGUUAACAUGGUUGAAGAUUAUCAAGAAGGAGGUCUUGUCACUUGCUCUCAGGAUAUCAAAACUCCGUUGGUUCCAUUGCAUGUGAAAAUGUGUGAGGCAGCUAUGUUUAGCCACAAUCAUAAUAGUUGUGAGGUAUGUUCUGUGGACCCCCGCGGCUGCGUGCAGGUUCAAAAUGAUGUGCAAGGGCUAAUAGAUCGAGGAGAGCUGGUUGUCACAAGGGAGGACAAGAACAUUUGUGUUGUAAUCCCUGUGUUCAAGGAUAGUGCGAAACCAAUUGACGGUGUUACUCCGGUGUUCAAGGACAAUUCCAAGCCAGUCGUCACUCCUCUUGUGAUUUGUGUACCAAGACCCAAGCCGUUUUUCUCUCAAAACGCCAUGCCGUAUAACUAUCAACCUACAAGCAUAGAGAAUGCAAAGAAGAAAGCUCUGGUGAUAGAGUCCGUGCCAGUACCAGAUCCUAGCAAGGGUAAGAGUGUGGUUCAACCUAGUGGAACUGAUAAUGAUGAGAUUUUGAAGCUGAUCAAGAAAAGUGAUUAUAAGAUAGUGGAUCAGUUAUUGCAGACUCCAUCAAAGAUUUCUAUCAUGUCACUAUUGACAAGCUCUGAUGCUCAUAGGGAUGCCUUGAUGAAAGUGUUGAACCAAGCCUACGUAGACCAUGAUGUGACUUUGGGUCAAUUUGGGAGCAUUGUUGGAAAUGUGACAGCAUGCAACAAUUUGAGUUUCAGUGAUGAAGACCUCCCAGUGGAGGGGAAAAAUCAUAAUAUGGCCUUGCAUAUCUCUGUUAUGUGCAAAACAGAUUAUUUGUCCAAUGUCUUGAUAGACACCGGUUCUUCCCUCAAUGUGAUGGCGAAGACAACCUUUGAUAAAUUGACAUAUUCAGAUGGAUUUAUUAGGCCUAGUUGCGUAUCAGUAAGGGCAUUUGAUGGAUCCAGGAAGACGGUAUGGGGAGAAGUAGAUUUACCUAUCACUAUUGGGCCCCAAGAGUUUAAAGUUACAUUCCAGAUAAUGGAUAUUCAAGCUUCCUACAGCUGUUUACUUGGUAGACCAUGGAUUCAUGAAGCCGGGGCAGUAACAUCCACUCUUCAUCAAAAGCUAAAGUUUGUGAGUCGUGGAAAGCUUGUUACAGUAAGUGGGGAAUCAGCUCUUUUGGUUAGCCAUUUGUCGUCUUUUUCCUUCAUUGGUGGUGAAAGUUCGGAUGGGACGUUAUUCCAAGGGCUUUCGGUUGAAAGCGGUACUACAAGAGGUGAAACAUGCAUGACCUCUCUAAAGGAUGCUCAGAGAGUAAUUCAAGAAGGAAAAGCUGAAGGUUGGGGGAAAUUAGUACAGCUACCCGAGAACAAGCACAAAGAAGGUCUGGGUUUCUCCGGCAAUAAGCAAAUGAUGUUCGACCCAACUAGGGGUACCUUUCACAGUGCCGGAUUCAUUAAUGCGCCACCUGAGACUAAUGCAAUCUUGGAAGAUCAAUCAGAAGAGGUGGCACCUGACUUUGUAACUCCUGGUGGAGACUGCUGCAACUGGAUUGCUGUUGACAUCCCUUCUGCGAUACCUCUUUCUAAACUGAACAUACAUGAGCCCGUUGAACAUGGUGACCCUAUGCUGCCUCCCAACUUUGAGUUCCCAGUUUACGAGGCUUGGGUAGAAGAGGAUGAAGAGAUUCCUGAUGAGCUCCGAUGGAUGUUAGAGCAAGAAAGAAAAGUCAUUCAGCCUCACAAGGAAGAAAUAGAGUUAAUCAACCUGGGCUCUGAGGAUGAUAAAAAAGAAAUUAAGAUUGGAGCGUCGUUGGAAGCGUCUGUCAAGAAAAAGAUAAUUGAGCUUCUCAGAGAGUAUGAUGAUAUAUUUGCAUGGUCCUACAAAGACAUGCCUGGGUUAGACCAUGAUGUUGUGGAACACCGUUUGCCUUUGAAGCCUGAGUGUCCUCCAGUCAAGCAGAAGUUAAGAAGAUCUCAUCCAGAUAUGGCUCUCAAGAUCAAAGAGGAACACCGUUUGCCUUUGACGCAGGUUUCUUGA